AUCCAACAAUAGGGGGACAGAUGAGACAAUGGGAAAUUGUGCUUCCGAUGGGAGGAGGGAAGGAAGGAUGACAGAGGCAGACAGGCAGGGUGGCUCAAGAGACGGGAUCAGGUUUCUGGAAGAACAUGGAGGUCCUGGCAGUGCCCACCUGGACAGCCUCUCCCCACAGGCAAUGAGCAGCCGGGCGGGGGCCCCGGGAGGCAGAGGUCCACGGCUGCCCUCCAGGACCGGUACGGAGAAUUCUUACGUGGCAUCUUCUCUGUGUGAGCUCUGAGUGGAAGUCUUCUCUCCUUUGUGGAAGGAACAACUCUGCUGAUCCUUUACCUCGGUUCCAGAGCUAUUUUUUCUGCUUGGCCCCCUCUGGGGCCCUAGGCCAUACCUUCACCUGGAUGACCUGCAGAACCUAGAGCCUGGGUUCUGCGCUCCUCCCAUCUCAACCAGAGGUGCUCCUCGCAGAAAAAGCCGCCGCCUCCCCAAGAUGCCUGGCGGGCUGGGCUUCCCUACACUCUGCUGCCUCCUUCUCCCUUGGGCGGCCACCACCUUCCACAGGGCGCUCGGGGAGCCAGGUAAGACGUGGGCCCAGCCCCGGGAAAGUGGGGGUGCCGCAAGGGCUGGGGCUGGAGACAGGAGCGGAGCCUUGAGGAUGGAGAGCCCGUGCUGCCCCUUUGGGAGGAGGGGCACUUGGCGCGUGGCGGGCUCAGGGGGUUCCAGUCACUGUGGCCCCCUCUACUCAGCACCCAGCGCGGGCCCCCACUACCUCCUGCCCCCCAUCCACGAGGUGGUUCACUCUCGUCGCGGGGCCACCGCCACGCUGCCCUGCGUCCUGGGCGCGCCGCCCCCCAGCUACAAGGUCCGCUGGAGCAAAGUGGAGCCGGGGGAGCUGCGGGAGACGCUCAUCCUCAUUACCAACGGGCUGCACGCGCGGGACUAUGGGGCCCUGGGGGGGCGCGCCCGGCUGCGGAAGGGCCACCGGCUAGACGCUUCGCUGGUCAUCGUGGGGGUACGCCUGGAGGACGAGGGCCGGUACCGCUGCGAACUCAUCAACGGCCUCGACGACGAGAGCGUGGCGCUCAGCCUGCGCCUGGAGGGUGUGGUCUUCCCGUACCAGCCCAGCCGGGGCCGGUACCAGUUCAACUACUACGAGGCGAAGCAGGCGUGCGAGCAGCAGGACGCGCGCCUGGCCACCUACGCGCAGCUGUACCAGGCCUGGACCGAGGGUCUGGACUGGUGUAACGCGGGCUGGCUGCUCGAGGGCUCCGUGCGCUACCCCGUGCUCACGGCGCGCGCUCCGUGCGGCGGCCGAGGGAGGCCCGGGAUCCGCAGCUACGGUCCCCGCGACCGCAAGCGCGACCGCUACGACGCCUUCUGCUUUACCUCGGCGCUGGCAGGCCAGGUGUUCUUCGUGCCGGGGAGGCUGACGCUGUCGGAAGCCCAUGCGGAGUGCGACCGGCACGGGGCCACGGUGGCUAAAGUCGGACACCUCUAUGCUGCCUGGAAGUUCUCGAGGAUGGACCAGUGUGUCGGGGGCUGGCUGGCGGACGGCAGCGUGCGCUUCCCCAUCACCACGCCCAGGCCGCGCUGCGGGGGACUCCCGGACCCCGGAGUGCGCAGCUUCGGUUUCCCCAAACCCCAGCAGGCGGCCUAUGGGACUUACUGCUACUCCGAGUAGGGACCACCGCACCUUCCAGCGACGGGACUCUCCCAUGGCCGCGUUCCCACGAGCCUCCCCUGCAGCCGGCCGAGGAGCAGUGGCCCCGACCUGCCUUCCCGGGGAGGGCUGGAGCCGCAGAUCCCGGCUGGCCGGGCUUCGGGGAAGGGAGGCUGUGGCGCUGCAGGUCACAGGAUGUGAAUGGGGCCUUUGGACAUGUCCAGGACCCGGCUAGGUCGGGGGGCCGCUGCAGAACAGCCAGCUACUGCUUGGGGGCAGAGGGACGCCCAGGCGGCAUUAACUGACCUCUGUGUACAGCAAUAAAAUAACUUGGAAACUGUG